CGCAUGACGUCAUCACGCAAACCAUCCAAUGAUGCCGGAAGUGUUUUGCUGCUGACCCGGAAGAGAACGGCUGGGGCCAGAGCUGGUGACAGGAGGAGGGGGAGGAUGCCUUUGCCGGUGCAAGUGUUCAACCUGCAGGGUGCUGUGGAACCUAUGCAGAUUGAUGCUGACCCUCAGGAUGACCAGCAGAAUGUGCCUGAUGUCAAUUAUGUGGUGGAGAAUCCAACACUGGAUCUUGAGCAAUAUGCCUCCAGCUACAGUGGCCUCAUGCGCAUUGAGAGACUACAGUUCAUUGCUGACCGAUGCCCACAGCUGAGGGUUGACGCCCUGAAGAUGGCAUUGUCCUUUGUGCAGAGAACAUUCAAUGUAGAUGUAUAUGAGGAGAUCCAUCGCAAACUAACAGAAGCCUCAAGGGAUCUGCAAAAUGCCCCAGAUGCUGUACCUGAAGGUUCAAUGGACCCACCCCCACUAGAUACUGCCUGGGUAGAGGCAACACGCAAGAAGGCACUUCUGAAACUUGAAAAACUUGACACAGACCUGAAGAAUUAUAAAGGGAAUUCCAUUAAAGAAAGCAUAAGGAGGGGUCAUGAUGAUUUGGGUGAUCAUUAUUUGGACUGCGGGGACCUAAGCAAUGCUCUAAAGUGCUACUCACGGGCCCGAGAUUACUGUACCAGUGCUAAACAUGUAAUAAAUAUGUGCUUGAAUGUCAUAAAGGUUAGUGUGUACCUUCAGAACUGGUCACAUGUCCUCAGUUAUGUCAGUAAAGCAGAGUCAACACCUGAAAUUGCAGAGCAAAGAGGAGAACGGGACAGCCAGACACAGUCUGUAUUAACCAAGUUAAAGUGUGCAGCUGGUUUGGCGGAAUUAGCUGCUCGAAAAUAUAAGCAGGCGGCAAAAUGUUUCUUGCUGGCAUCGUUCGAUCACUGUGAUUUUCCUGAGCUCCUGUCCUCCAGUAAUGUUGCUGUGUAUGGGGGUCUUUGUGCUCUCGCCACAUUUGACCGCCAAGAACUUCAACGCAAUGUCAUCUCUAGCAGCUCAUUCAAACUGUUUUUAGAAUUGGAGCCUCAGGUUCGAGACAUUAUCUUCAAGUUUUAUGAGUCCAAAUAUGCUUCCUGUCUGAAUAUGCUGGAUGAGAUGAAGGAUAAUCUUCUCCUUGACAUGUAUCUUGCUCCCCAUGUUCGGACACUUUACACUCAGAUCCGGAACCGAGCCCUUAUUCAGUAUUUCAGCCCAUAUGUCUCUGCUGACAUGUACAAAAUGGCAAAUGCAUUUAAUACAACAGUAUCUGCACUGGAAGAUGAACUAACUCAACUGAUCCUGGAAGGGUUAAUCAAUGCACGCAUUGACUCACAUAGUAAGAUCUUGUAUGCACGAGAUGUUGAUCAGCGUAGUACAACAUUUGAGAAGUCCUUACAGAUGGGUCGAGAAUUUCAGAGACGAGCCAAAGCUAUGAUCCUGCGAGCUGCUGUGCUGCGAAAUCAGAUCCAUGUUAAGUCACCUCCAAGAGAAGGAAGCCAAGGAGAAUUGACCCCAGCUAACAGCCAGUCACGACUCAGUACCAACAUGUGACCUCAUCAUUUAUUUACGCUCCUGGCUCUGUCCACCACAAAAGGGACUUCUCCUUCCAAAUCCAUAGCACUAUGUGUGGUGAACAGCUCCGCUUCACAGAUCUGACAAUUGACUUGCUCGUGUCAUCUUGCCAUAAGCUGCCACAGCUGUGUUUGAGAGCUUAUCAGGAGCUGCUUGGUGUCCUUUUAUUGGAUGAGACUAUAUAUCCCUCUGAAAUGGGAUUAGCUAAAUAGUUAUGUAAAGAUGUUUCCAGGUAUUAAUGAACAGAGGCAGUGUGAAGCAAUAAUUCAACUGCACAGAGAAAGCCAGUGUCUUAUCUCUUAACUUGUUAGCAACACACUUGUCCCAACCCUUUACCGGCUAUGCCUUUCUAACUUUCCUUUCCCAUAUUUAACUCAUUCCUCAUCUCCUAGCCGUAUCUUCAACCCUGCUUCUCUCUCUUGCUUUUCUCUUCCCUUCCCGUCUCUGCUAUUUCCUAUCAUUUCCUUUUUUCUCCAACACAUCCAAUCCUGACCUUUUUUUCCCUUCCCACCCUUGUUAUUAAUUCCUACCCUCCCGUUCUUCUUCAUAUCCUUUCUUCCCCCUUCAUGUCUUCCCUUAUGACCUUGUUGUCAUCUCUCCUCUUUUCAUGGUUCCCUCUGCGUUCGCGUACAUCACUGCUGACCUGUGAGAACAUAAAACCUGCAAUGACUAAGCCAUUGCCGAUAAUGAGCGCUGACCAUUAAAUUAACAUUCUAAUGGAGAUGACAUGACUGUGUUAAAAUAUCUUUACCAUCUUGAAGAAAUGAUAUUUAAAUAUUCUGUUUGAAUUAAACGUGUUGCUGUUUGCGCUUUCCUUUC